AUGGAAGAGGAUAAAAGUCCCUUGCCCUACCAAAAAGGGAUUCCAAUAUUAUUCUUAUUACUAUUAAUAUCUAUCUAUCUAUCUAUCUAUCUAUCUAUCUAUCUAUCUAUCUAUCUAUCUAUCUCUCUCUGUCUCUCUCUCCCUAAACACCUGUGCCAAUGUUCUAUCUAUCUAUCUAUCUAUCUAUCUAUCUAUCUAUAUACAUACAUAUAUACGAUUGACAGUAACAUCUAUCUAUCUAUCUAUCUAUCUAUCUAUCUAUCUAUCUAUCUAUCUAUCUAUGUAUUUUUUUCGACAAAUGACAUCUAUCUAUCUAUCGGUGCAUGCGUAAGCAGGCAUAUAAUCUCUCUCUCUCUCUCUCUCUCUCUAUCUCUCUAUCUAUCUAUCUAUGUGUCUAAUACGUCGAUUGUUAUUAGUGUAUUUUCUCUAUUUUUUCUUUAUAUCUUUCUAUCUAUCUCAAUACGUUCAUAUCUAUCUAUCUAUCUAUCUAUCUAUCUCAGUAUCUAUCUAUCUAUCUAUCUAUCUAUCUAUUUAUUUCUAUCUAUCUAUCUAUCUAUCUAUCUCUCUAUCUAUCUAUUUCAAUACGUCCAUAUGUAUCUAUCUAUCUAUCUAUCUAUCUAUCUAUCUAUCUAUCUAUCUAUCUAUCUAUCUAUCUCAAUACGUCUAUAUCUAUCUAUCCAUCUAUCACUAUCUAUUUCAAUACGUCCAUAUCUAUCUAUCUAUCUAUCUAUCUAUCUAUCUAUCUAUCUAUCUAUCUAUCUAUCUCAAUACGUUCAUAUCUAUCUAUCUAUCUAUCUAUCUAUCUAUCUAUCUAUCUAUCUAUCUAUCUAUCUGUUCACGUCCCUCCCUGUAAGAAAAAAAGGAGACGAGGAAGGGAAAUUAAUAAAAUAA